GACACCUCUGCUCGCGGGCGUCGAGCCAGGAGCUUUCGCGCGCUGCAAAGUCCCACCGCCUCUGAACCAGUCGGCUCAGCAGUUCACGCCUACAACACAAACAAUGACACCAGAAAAACUUUGACGAACUAUGAGAAUUUCUAUGACAAUGAAACUUGUUUACUGAAUAAUAGGCUGCUGCCAGCUUCCUCUCAGAGAGUUUCCUCUGAGAGUGGUGAAGGGGAGGAAAAGCGUUGGUGGGGGAAGCCUGAUGCUCCCCGGCUCACCCCUGGUUAGCCAGGCACGUAUCGCCUCUCCCCAGGGGUCCUCACAUAUAUUUUUUCAACAUGGCACACAAACACACUACGCCUUCCUGCCAUUACUUUGCUCCAAGCUAUGGGGGUUUAGAAAAACUAAUAGGCCACUAAAAAUACUUGUAGUGCGAGGCCUGGGCCAGGGCUCUUCCUGCGCUGCUUCCAGUGAGCGCGUGGGCCAUUGAGGAAGGAGGAAACAAGCGGCUCUGCUCGCAUGGGGGCUUCCUGCAUGACAUUAUAAAGAGAUCCCUCCCUGCAGCCUGCGUUCAGUCUUGCUCAGAGCCAGUGGAGGCUGCGGACGAGCCCCUGCUCCACGUCGUAGCCUGAACGCCGAGCCGAGGGGUCUGACGUCAGCGAGGAGCACGUUGGUUCUCGUCCCUGCUGGUCGGGGUACGAGUAGGGAGCUGGUCUCACCUAAUAGAUGUGUCUGGAACACUCCAGUCUAUUUAUUCUAUAUAUUACACACAGACACAGACGAGCGUGAUGGAGGUGUUGGAAGGACCCAGGGUCCACAGAGGGCAUGAGAUGAGGGCCGAGGGCUUCGUGAAGGAGUUCACGCGCCACGCCGACGACGUGCUGCUCAAUCUGAACGAACUCAGGCACCGGAAUAUCCUGACGGACGCCACCCUGGUCGUGGGCAACGCGCGCCUCCCGGCGCACUGCGCCGUGCUCGUGGCCUGCAGCGGGUUCUUCUACUCGCUGUACGCGCGCCGCGCGCUGCUGCAGGGGCGCGGCGGCAGCGCGGGGCCGCUCAUGCUGGUGUCGCUGCCCCACACCCUGGACGCCUCCAGCGUCUCGCUGCUCCUCGACUUCAUGUACACCUCCCGCCUCCCUCUGACACCCAGCAUCGUGCCCGGCGUGCUCGACGUGGCCACCUACCUGCAGAUGGACCACGUGGCGGACACCUGCAGGGAUUUCAUGCAGCUGCACUGCAGGGAGAAUAGGAGUGCAAGACACCCACGACUGGAGCUGGACUCCAGGGUGUCUGUCGCCUCUGUUGCCCCCAGAGGAGGGGACCUACCCCAUCCAGGACCCCAGAGGCCUCUCCCCGCGUCAGGAGCAGCAAGGGUCCCUGUGGAGGCUGGAUGCUCUCUCAAGCCAGGGGCUUUCCCGGUCUGCCAGCCCAGGUCAGAGGAACUGAAGGCAGAGCCUGAGCCGACUCCGUCACCAGACAGCCCGGCUCGCUCCAGCUGCCAACCGAACUCCCCGGCCGAGUCCAAUACCUGUAACAAGAACCCUGUGAUUGAUACCAAAGCCCACCCAGACCCAAAGGCCUGCAACUGGAAGAAAUACAAGUACAUCGUCCUCAACCCUCUCUGUGCAGCCACUGCAGUGAAAGAGGAGGAGAUGGAGGAACCUCAGUGUAACGCGUCACCCAUCGUGGACAGGAUGAACUUGACGCCCAAAGCGCCAACAGAGGCGUGGUCUGGAGAAGUGCCUGGUCAGAUUGAUAGACAGGGGCAGGCCUCCUGCUACGAGGGUUCUGGCCGAGCCCCUCCCCUCGGGCCACACUCCUCUGUGGAUCACCCCACGGUGUCUCCCGCUCACAAGCAGGGGGAAGGUUCACCCACCACCAUGUUCCCCAAACGGCUCCCCACUGACCCAGAAGCUGCCUAUCACACCCAGCAGGCGCCCAAGGCCCAGAACUACUUUGUUCCUUUUUGUUACUCCGGCAACCUUCACGGAACCAAGCCCGUCUGCUCAGGUGACAAGCCUUAUCGCUGUAAUGUGUGCGGAGCGCAGUUCAAUCGGCCGGCUAACCUGAAGACGCACGCUCGCAUCCAUUCUGGAGAGAAACCCUACCGCUGCGACACCUGCGGGGCGCGGUUUGUGCAGGUCGCCCACCUCCGGGCCCACAUUCUGAUCCACACAGGGGAGAAGCCGUACCCCUGCCACACCUGUGGCACCCGCUUCCGUCACCUGCAGACCCUGAAGAGCCACCUGCGCAUUCACACCGGGGAGAAGCCGUACACCUGUGAGAAGUGUGACCUCCACUUCCGCCACAAGAGCCAGCUGCGCCUCCACCUGCGGCAGAAGCACGGGGCCGUGACCAACACCAAGAUCCGCUACAAGGUCCUGAGCGAGCCGUACCAGCCCGCGGUGCAGGCCUGCUGAGGAGGAGCCCUCAGUCCUGAUUAGUGAAGUGAAGCAGAACGUGAGAUUGGGCAUCGCAUGAAGUUAAAGAGUCGGGGAAACAACUCAAGACGCGUGCGGAGAUGUGAAAGUGUUAUGUGUUUAUUAGGUUUGACGUUGGAGAUGGAAGUAAUGUCAGAGGAAGUGAUAUUGGAGGUUUGUGGAGGGACAGAGACAAAGUUAGGUAUGAGUUUAGAGACAUUUUUAGGAUGUUUGAAAGCAACAUGAAGCGUGUGAACGUUUGGAGUAAGUGAGUUUGGAACAUGGGUUUUAUGGACAAGCACUUAAUCUGUGUUAUUAUAUUAGGUUUCAUUCAUAAAUACGUAUUUAACUUAGAAUUAUGGCCUGGAGCCUGUAAUAUCUGACGUUAGAGUCCAAGCAGGCAAAGGACUUAGUUGUCUUUCAAAUCAAAUAUAUUUUUGAAUAGGAUCCUUUUUAACGAAACCAAUAAAAGAUUAGGUUUGUAUGAGUUCAUUUGCUGGCCAAACUUUGUUUUAUACAAGUUCAAAUAAAUCAUUUUUUACCGAUUGGA